UUAAAAUUAUAUGGAAUGCCAUCAUUAGCAGAGGUGCAAUGUGAAACAGCUUUUAUGAGUUUCCCAGAAGGUUCUGGUGAUGAAUUAUUUCCAAAUGCUGAUGAUUUAUCUAUAACAGAUGCUGAAGGAGAAGCUAGUCUCUCGGAAGGAAGUGGUGCUGGAAUUCCACCAUUUGUCAUACCUCCACCUCCAUCACCUGAUUUUCCAGUUGGCAGGACUAGCAAAGGAGAUAAAGGAGAUCGAGGUGCUAGAGGGCCACCUGGGGAAUCGAUACGCGGACCACCAGGUCCACCGGGACCACCUGGCCCGCAAGGCCCGAUAGGACCAGUUGGCUUACCGGGUCUACCGUAUAGUGGAGACGAUAUCACAGGAUUUGGUGAAGAUAAUCCAUAUCCGCUUGGGUCACCGACUGGACAGUGUUCAUGUAAUAUUACAAGUAUACGUGGCCCUCCUGGGCCACCUGGUGCUGAUGGGCCAGUAGGUAUUCCUGGAAUGACAGGUUUACCUGGUCCAGGUGGAGAAAGAGGGGCACCUGGUCCGCGUGGAGAGAAAGGAGAUAGGGGUGAUACUGGAAAUCGGGGUCCUGAAGGUCAGCAAGGCCAAAAAGGUGAACCAGGAAGAGAUGGUAUGCCAGGCAUUGCAGGACCACCAGGUCCACCUGGUCCAACAACACAUUUGGAUUUCACGAGUUUUGAUCCUAGUUGGAAGCCACGCACUAUUUUCAAGGAUACUAUAACGGGGCCAGCUGCUCGCCCAGGGCCUCCGGGGCCCAAAGGAGAUGUUGGAUCUCAAGGACCUCAAGGUAAACAAGGUCCAAGAGGUGAACCUGGAUCUAAGGGAGAACGGGGAGAGACAGGAAUAAAAGGAGAUAGAGGGGAACGGGGUCAUCAUGGUGCGCAAGGAGCUCAAGGAUUCAAGGGAGAACCUGGAGUACCAGGUAUGGAUGGCAUACCUGGUUUGCCUGGAGCAAAUGGUCGUCCAGCAGAGAAGGGCGAAAAAGGUGAACCAGGAAAGCCAGGACCACCAGGUACACCUGCUGUAGCGAUGGUAGGUGCUGGAGACGGCUAUAUGAUGACAGGGAUAGGUGAAAAAGGAGAACCAGGAGAAAAAGGUGAACCUGGAGUAAAAGGAGAGAAAGGAGAGCGUGGAGAGCAGGGUCAAGGAGGUCUCCCAGGAAUGAAUGGCGCACCAGGCUCGUCAGGAGAAAAAGGAGAACCAGGAAAAGAUGGUGAAGCAGGUCCACAAGGUUUACCAGGCUUAAAAGGUGAACGAGGGCCGCCUGGACCUACUUCAAUUGCAGGUUCCGGUACUGAUUUUAUUACAAUAAAGGGUGAUAAAGGUGAUCAAGGUAAGCGUGGUAGAAGAGGAAAGGAGGGUCCUAUGGGACCUGUUGGACCACCUGGCAAGCCUGGACCACCGGGAGACAUUGGAUUACCCGGAUGGAUGAAUAGUCUUAAGGGUCGUCCUGGAGUACCUGGUGCUCCUGGUCCCAAGGGAGAAAAAGGUGAUACAGCGGACAUUAGCUUGUUAAGAACUUUGAAAGGUGAUAAAGGUGAUGCUGGAACUCCUGGUAGAGAUGGUCAUCCAGGACCAGCAUUUGAAGGUCCACCUGGCCCACCGGGUCCACCAGGCCCACCUGGACCACCUGGUAUCCCUGGAAUAUCAAUUACCGGACCUAAAGGAGAACCUGGCUAUGCACCCUCGAGAUUUGCAUAUGGUGAACCUAACUUUGGACCAACUAGAUCAGGACCUAGAAGUAGUCUGGAAGAGUUAAAAGCCAUAAGAGAACUUGAACAAUUGAAAAAAAGUCAAAAGGAAACCUUUUCUGCGACAGUGCAUUCUAAAUACGACGAGAAAAAUCCGGCCAAAGUCGUUCCAGGUGCAGUCACAUUCCAAACAAAUGAAGAUAUGAUGCGGAUGUCACCUAUGAGUCCGGUUGGUACUUUGGCAUAUAUAAUAGAUGAAGAAGCCUUGUUAGUUCGUGUAAAUAAUGGAUGGCAGUACAUUGCGCUUGGAUCUAUGGUUCCAAUUACAACUCCAGCACCUCCAACCACAGCUGCACCAGCAAUCAUGCCACCAUUUGAAGCUAGUAAUUUGAUAAACAAUGUACCACAACCUGUCGAUGGUCCAAAUUGGUUCCCAAAAAUGUUACGAAUGGCGGCAUUAAAUGAACCAUAUACAGGUGAUAUGCAUGGUGUGCAUGGUGCUGAUUUAGCGUGCUACCGACAAGCACGACGUGCAGGAUUACAUGGAACUUUCCGAGCAUUUUUGUCAUCACGUGUUCAGAAUAUUGAUUCAAUUGUUAGUUUGGCUGAUCGAGAUUUGCCUGUUGUUAAUUUACGUGGUGAUGUUUUAUUUAAUUCAUGGUCAGAUAUGUUUAGAGGAGAUGGGGCACCAUUUCCGCAUCCACCUAGAAUACUAUCAUUUAGUGGGAAAAAUGUAUUAACUGAUUUGUCAUGGCCUCAUAAAAUGGCAUGGCAUGGAUCCCUUGUAACAGGCGAACGAGCAUUAGAUGUAUCAUGUGAUGCCUGGCAUUCAGGAUCACAACAUUCCAUGGGCUUAGCAGGAUCAUUACGAGGCCCACAAUUAUUAGAACAGAAUGUACGACCGUGUAAUCAACGGCUUGCUUUAUUGUGUAUUGAAGCAACUAGUCAACAAAAUAUUAGAAGAAAAAGAGAAGUUAAAGAGUAUACGAGAGAUUUUACAGAAUUUGAAUAUGCCAAUUUUCUAAGAAAUAUCACUUCCGCUUCUGUGUAAUAGUUAAAUUAAUCACCCGUCCAGAAUCCGUAUAUGUGUAUAUUUAUA